UCUGAUGAAGCUGAGAGCCAAAAUCAGACAGGAGACAAACAUGGAGACUCUGGAUCAACUAGAAAUGUAAAGUCAGGACGACAGAAUGAACAUCACAAAAGUGUAAAAGGUGUAAAGUCUUAUAAAUGUGACACAUGUGGGAAAGCUUUUAAGGUGAAGUCAGGUUUGGAGAGACACCUGCGAAUGCACACAGGAGAGAGGCCAUAUUCUUGCACAACAUGUAAAAAAGAUUUCAGAUGUAAGGCUAAUUUGUUAAUUCACAUGAGAACUCACACAGGUGAAAAGCCAUAUUCCUGCAACACCUGUGGGAGAAGAUUCACUUACAUGACAUCAAUGAAGGUUCACAAACGAAAGCACACAGGUGAGAAACCAUAUUCCUGCAACACCUGUGGGAAAAGAUACACUCACCUGGCAUCACUGAAAGUUCAUAUAAGAAAACACACAGGUGAGAGGCCGUAUUCUUGCAACACCUGUGGGAAAAAAUACACUCACAUAGCAUCUCUCAAUGUUCAUAAACGAAAGCACACAGGUGAGAAACCGUAUUCCUGCAUCACCUGUGGGAAAAGAUACACUCACAUGGCAUCACUUAAUGUUCAUAUACGAAAGCACACAGGGCAGAGGCUGCAUUCUUGCAGCACUUGUGGGAAAAGAUUUACUCGUAAAUCGACAUUGAAUUCUCACACAAGAAUACACACAGGUGAAAAGCCAUAUUCUUGCGAAAUAUGUGGAAAAGAUUUUGGACGUAGUGGUCACCUGACAGAACACAUGAGAAUUCACACAGGUGAGAAGCCGUAUUCCUGCAACACCUGUGGGAAAAGAUUCACUCAGGCAUCAAAUCUGAAAAGUCAUGUCAGAGUGCAUGCAGGCGACGGGAGUCAUAUUCUUGCAACACCUGCGGUCACUUAGGUAUCGAUCUUGACGACUUGAGUUUGGCAUUUUUUAUUGCAUUUUGUAAUCACGUAAACCGCGUUUUGUUCAUUUGUUUUUUUCGUUUUGACAGACAAAAAAAUUGUAGAUGCUGUUCAUGGUGCUUUCAGCUAAAAUAAUUGAUACAGUUAUCAGUUUCCAAAGGGAUGUGAGCAACGCCAUUGUUUUCUGGUCUUGUAUAUUCUAACAAUUAAACUUUGUAUGAAAAAUAAAAA